UAAAGAAAGAUCAAAACCUCCCAUCACUUCCAAAAAGAAAAAAUAAAACUUGUUACGACAUAAAGAAAAUCGAAGCCGAAAAUUAUAUAAAUUUUUAUUUUUUUUAAAGUUCAAAAAAGUUUCAGCUUUGAAGCUAGGGAUCAAGCGAGUGAGAGUGGUGUGGAAGCGAAACCACGAUCUGCGUUUUUUUUUCUUUUCCUUUUCCACUUAGAUUUCAACAACACUCUUCUUCGAUCGGAGCUUCCGACAUUCCAACAGAAGCUAAACAAAAAAACAAAAAAGACAUCUUCUUUCGGUCUGAGGGGGAUUUGUCUCCCUCGGCAGAGGUUAGGUUAUAAAUGGAGCGGUACGGUCGCGCCGGUGAAGAAGGGUCGCGAUCGGAUCCAUCGCUUGAAUGGACCUCCCAUGGAGGCGAAACCGGAGUCGAAGCUUCGAUGUGGCGGUUAGGGUUGAGCGGCGGCGGAGCUGGAGGAGCUGGAGGAGGUGAAUCGUACCCGGAGCGACCCGACGAGCCCGAUUGUAUCUAUUACUUGCGAACCGGCGUUUGCGGGUACGGGUCGAGAUGCCGGUUUAAUCACCCACGAGACCGUGGAGCGGUUAUUGGAGUUGUGAGAGGAGGAGAUGGAGCUUUACCGGAGAGGAUGGGACAUCCGGUUUGUCAGCAUUUUAUGCGAACGGGAACAUGUAAAUUCGGUGCUUCUUGCAAGUAUCAUCAUCCUAGACAGGGAGCUAGUUCCGUUACGCCUGUCUCGCUAAGUUAUUUGGGAUAUCCAUUACGCCCGGGAGAAAAAGAGUGUUCUUAUUACAUGAGAACCGGUCAGUGUAAAUUUGGUUUGACCUGUAGAUUCGACCAUCCCGUGCCACUCGCUGUACAGGGCCCACCUCAGCAGCAGCCACAGCAGCAGCCGCAGCAGCAACUACAGACUAUUUAUCCAACACUUCAAUCUCAACCCGUGCCUUCGUCUCAACAAUAUGGGUUAGUUUUGGCAAGGCCUUCUCUUUUACCUGCUUCAUAUCUUCAAAGCCAUUACGGUCCUCCAAUGGUUCUGCCUCCUGGAAUGGUUCCAUACCCUGGUUGGAAUCCUUACCAGGCUUCUUUAAGUGCAAUGCCUUCCCCUGGAACUCAGCCCUCUAUUGGAUCGAGCUCUGUUUAUGGAAUCGCACCGUUAUCUCCUUCAGGGACUGUUUAUACUGGAACAUACCAAUCUGGGGCUUCCUCGAAUACCUCAAAAGAACAAUCUUUUCCUCAGCGACCUGAUCAACCUGAGUGCCAAUACUUCAUGAGAACCGGAGAUUGUAAAUUCGGAUCUUCGUGCAGAUACCAUCAUCCUCUGGAUGCAGUUCAACCUAAAACCGGUGUUCUCCUCAGCUCCAUUGGCCUUCCACUUCGUCCCGGCGUAGCGCAAUGCACUCACUUUGCACAACACGGAAUCUGCAAGUUUGGACCGGCGUGCAAGUUUGAUCACUCAAUGGCUUCUUCACUUAGCUACAGCCCGUCUGCAUCUUCGCUUACCGAUAUGCCCGUGGCUCCAUACCCAAUCGGAUCAUCCUCACUCAGCGGAGCAUCAGCUCCAGUAAGCUCAAGCAAUGAACCCACCACAGAGGCUGUGACUGCUGCAGUUUCUUCUCCUAUGGUCAGUGGCUUGAGCCGUCAAGAGCCAGCUGAGGCCAGUGGUGACUCUGCUAGCGUCAGUGGCAGCGUAGAAGCUAAGACUUCUUCAAGUUAAACAUAAAAAAAAAGAGAGGAAAAUAUCCUCCUCAAUUCUUCAUGAACUAAGCAACAUUAAGAAAAGAGAAAAGAAGAUUAUUUUUGGGGUCUGAGAUUUGAUGGAAGCAGAGAGACCAAAGCUUCUGUCAUUUACCAUUUGUCCAUAUAUAAUAUAAUUCUCUCAUACGGCCUUCUAUCUCUCUCUCUCUCUUGUUUUUUCUUUUUCUCUUUCUUGAACAACGAUUACUAAAUAAAUGGCCGCCUUGUUCACA